CUUACCAUAUGCAUAUACGACGCGCUUAAAAUUUUCUCAAAUAGAUUUUUAAUAUUAUGUAUUAUGACGAAGAAUACUCACAGUUUUAUCCUCAUUUUAUUUUCGUUCCAUCUUAUCGGCUCACAAGUGAUGGAAAAUGACGAGCCAGUGCUAAGCUAUGAUGGAAACGCUUACAUCGUUCUCCUAGAAGCGGCCAAAGAAUAUAAUUAUACUAUCAUUGAACAGUUGGAAAGCUUCUAUUUUACCAAUGGAUUUUCCCGACAAGCCAACGCUUUUCUGUCCCAUCGUUUGAAAAGCCUUGAGAGAGACAGUGAACCGUUGUCGGACCCCUUCGAAGAGUUACCGAAGUCUCCUAAACCCGGCCUUCCCUUUUGGGCACUACGCAGCGAUGCCGCUACGAGAGAACUGCCUUCUGGAAAUUCCUCCCAGUACUGUUGUGGACACGGCGAAAGUUGUCUCGUAUUUUCCGCCGAAGACCGACUAUCCGCGUGA